AUGUCCACCCAAAAAGCUGUCAUCGUCGUUGAGCCCAAGAAGGACGGUCUGGUUACCGACCGGGCUAUUCCUACUCUUCGUGAUGACUAUAUCCUUGUCAAGAACGUUAGCGUCGGCUUGAAUCCAACUGAUUGGAAGCACGUCGCUUACCUCGCUCCCCCGGGCGUGCUGGUUGGAUGCGACUACGCGGGCGUGGUCGAAGCGGUCGGCAAGGAUGUCAAGAAGCCAUUCAAGAAGGGAGACCGCGUUUUUGGCUUCGUCCACGGUGGCAAUGCCGUUCAGCCUGAGGACGGUGCUUUUGCCGAAUAUAUUGUCGCCAAGGGUGACCUGCAGACUAAGAUUCCCGACAACCUGAGCUUCCAGGAGGCCGCUACCCUGGGUGUCGGCAUCGUUACUGUUGGCCAGGGCCUUUACCAGAGCUUGAAGCUGGCUCUUCCUACCGAGCCUAUCAAGGACUCCACGCCUAUUCUCAUCUACGGUGGUUCGACUGCCACUGGUACUCUCGCUAUCCAGUUCGCCAAGCUGUCCGGCUACAAGGUGCUGACCACCUGCUCCCCUCACAACUUCGAUCUCGUCCGCAGCCUAGGUGCAGAUGCCGUCUUCGACUACAAGGACCCUCAGUCCGCCGCCGAAAUCCGCAAGCAAACCGACAACAACUUGAAGCUCGUCUUUGACUGCAUUUCUCUCGAGCCUAGCGCCAAGUUCUGCGAGGCGGCCAUUUCCACCGAUGGUGGUGAAUACAGCAGUCUCUUGAAUGUCAAGGCUGACCGUGAGAAUGUCAACUCCCGGUUCACUCUUGGUUACACUGCCGUCGGUGAGGCUUUCAAGUUUGGAGAUAUUCCUUUCCCCGCCAAGCCCGAGGAUAAGGCACACGCUGAGAAGUUCGUCGCCAUUGCAGAGUCGGUUUUGGCUCAAGGAAAGGUCAAGGUGCACCCGCCCAAGGUUGGCAAGGAUGGAUUGAAGGGUGUUUUGGAGGGACUGCAGCUGCUGAAGGAGGAUAAGGUCAGCGGAGAGAAGCUGGUCUACAAUGUCUCCGAGACUCCAUGA